UACUACGUCUCAACAAGUCCUAAUGUUGAUUCCUUUCCUCACUCACGGAAGAAGUAAUCAUCAUCUGCAGCUAUUUGUUUCUACCAUUUUGUGACUGUGACCGGGAAAAGGAAGAGAUUACGCAGAAGAAUGACUGUAAUGGCACGUUACGUGAUGAAGAUGACGAGCUGAAGGCGUAUAAGUCCACCACCCACUGAUCUCCACUCUCUCGAACUCACCCUUCAUCCUUCCCCUGCUUCCAGUUGCAGAGCCAUGGGAUCCAUCAAGGAGGAGCUGCAGCUGACCCCCCAGGAGGACGAGGAGGCCUGCAUGUACGCCGUCGAGCUGGCCAGCGGCCCCAUCCUGCCGAUGACCGUCAAGGCCGCCGCCGAACUCGACCUCUUCGAGAUCCUCGUCAAGGCCGGGCCGACCCCGAAGCUGAGCGCCGCCGACAUCGCCGCCCAGAUGCCCACCCAGAACCCGCAGGCGGCCGUCAUGGUGGACAGGAUCCUCCGCCUGCUCGCCGCCUACAACAUCGUCAGAUGCACUGUCGAGACCGGUGCCGACGGCAGGCCGUCGGGGAAGUACGGACCGGCGCCGGUUUGCAAGUACCUGGCCAAGAACGAGGACGGCGUGUCCAUGGUCGCUCUCGCCAUGAUGACCCUGGACAAGGUCCUCAUGGAGAGCUGGUACCACUUGAAGGACGCGGUGUUGGACGGCGGCAUCCCGUUCAACAAGGCGUACGGGAUGAUGGCGUUCGAGUACUACGGCACGGACGCCCGGUUCAACAAGUUGUUCAACGAGGGCAUGAGGAACCACUCCACUAUCAUGACCAAGAAGCUGCUCGACAUCUACCGCGGCUUCGAGUUGGUAAGAUAG